GCAUUUUACAUUUUACGUCGUACCAUACUACCAUGUAGUUAUUUUACAUCGUACGUACCUACUACCUACAUGCAUACCUACAACCAUACAACCAACUUACUCAACUCCGCAGUCUCAAUUCGACCUUUACAGAUUCACAGAUCUGAGCCUCAAAAAUAAGGAGGGGGGAACACCAAUUAUUUCGCAAAGAUGGCCAAUUCAUCGUUAAUAUCCUCACUACGGGCGUUAUCCCUCCGCGCUGCUCCAGUGGUCCGGCAAACCCUACAGACACAACAGUCCAUACGUACCAUCUCUCAGGCCGCUCUCGCUCCAAGCACGACGGCACGGCCUACAGCGACAGCAGCCAACCCGACUAGAGCAGCACAGGUUUUUGCGCAGCAACAAUCGCGGGGCAUGAAAGUCCACAGUUCGAUCAAGAAGCGAUGCGAGCAUUGCAAGGUUGUGAGAAGGAAGGCCAACAAGCGACAUGGUGGCUAUCGCUACAUCAUCUGCCCCGCGAACCCAAGACAUAAGCAACGGCAGGGAUGAUGAACUAUUGCUAAGUAUAUAGCAUGCUUGCUGGCUAU